AUGAUAACAGGAAACGGAUUAUACAAAGAAGACUUCAAUUAUGAACGAUUUUCUCUCAUUUGGUUGGAUUCUGAUGGCAUAAACCGGUCAGAAACUGAAAAGAAGUUCCGAACUAUUUUCAAUUAUGUAAAAAUCUUCGAAAAUAUUCAUCAAUGUGAAGAAUAUAUUCAAAAGCUAUCUUCAUACGAUCGAGUUAUCCUUGUCACUCAUGCUCAAUUCAUUCAAGACGUUCUCCUUUGUAUUUGCACACUACAACCACUUUCUUCUGUUUAUAUUUACGGUUCAGACAUCGAUUUCAGUAAACAAUAUUCUAAAAUAAAAUCUUCGACGUUGAAAAUCGAUGAUUUAAUCCCAAAGAUUCAAUCAGCAUCGUUCAAACUCGACGAUGUUCUUCCCAUUUCGAUAUACAACGCAAAUCUCGAUCAGAUGUUAACAAACUCUUUUAUAUCCUCUAAUUUAAUCCUAACGUAUCUUCUGCAUCCUAAAAUGAACUUUCUCGAUCGAAAACCGUUCAUUUCUCUCUGUCGAGAAAUCUAUAAAACCAAUCAAACUCAACUGACUCAUAUCGAUAAUUUCGAACAGACGUACUCCUCAAAUCAAUCAUUGUCAUGGUAUUUCAAAGACACGUGUAUCCGGAAAUUAAUAGACACAUUUCUUUGCUUACAAACGAUCGAGAAACUUUUGCUCAUUCGGUUCUUUCUCUACGAUUUACAACAAGAAUUGAAAAAUAAUCAAUAUUCAUCAUCAAUUACACUUUAUCGAAGUUUUAUCCUAUCGGAACAAGAAUUACAAACGUUAAAAGAUGCAACUGGUGGACUGGUUUUAAUCAAAACAUUUUUUCUGGCGAAACUGAAUCGUCAUCAAGCAUUGGCUGAUCUUGAUUCGUUGGAUUUACUCGAUAAUGCACGACGAGUACUUUUCGAAAUUGAUGUCGAUUCACGAAUUAAAAAUAUUCAGCCAUAUUCAAUGAUCCAUUCUUCGGAAAUUCUAUUCAUGUGUGGAUCACUGUUUCGUUUAGUCGACAUCUGUGUCAAUAAUGACCAAGUGUGGAUAAUUCAAAUGAAUUUAACGAGUUUGAAUAAUGAAAAUCUCCAAGCUAAAUGUAAUUUCAAUCCUGAUCAAAUCAGUUUGUUAACGAUAGGAAAUCUUCUAUGGCGAAUGGAUCAAUUAGACGAAGCCGAAAGCUACUAUCUCUAUCUGAUUCAAAUUCUAUCGUCGGAUUCGUUAAUGUUAGCAGAUCUCUACUAUAAUCUAGGACACAUCUAUUCCGACAAGCAAGACUAUGACUCAAGUUUAAGCUUUUAUUAUAAAUCUCUUGAAAUCUGGAAGAAAAACUUGAAACCAACUGAUCCUGAUUUAGCCGAGAAUCACAAUGCAAUUGCGACGAAUCAUUGGAAAAAAGGUGCUUAUCAUCAAGCAUUAGUUUUCUUCCAAAAAGCUUUGGACAUUUUCAAAUGUGCACAUAACGAGAAUCAUCCAAGUGUUGCUAUGUGUUUGAACAACAUGGGUACGGUUAUAUCGCAAGAGAAGAACUAUUCUCAAGCAUUGAAAUAUUAUUUACAGGCAUUGACUGUUUUCGAAAACUAUCUACCGAGUGAUCAUUUGAACCUAGCGAGUUUACAUUGUAACAUUAGUUCAAUGUAUAAAAGUCUGCAUCAGAUCGAUCUGUCAUUGGAACAUUUACAUUUAGCAUUGAAAAUUUACGAACAAAAGUUAGCACCGGACCAUCCGAAUAUUCUGGUGAUGUUGAAAAAUAUCGCGUUUAUUUAUGAACAAAAGGAAGAUUAUCAGAAUGCAUUGAUUUAUUAUAAGAAAAUAGCGAAUGUCUAUCAACAAACGAUGAGCUUAACAGAUCCAAUUGUUGUACAAAAUGAUGAGAAAGUUCGAUACUUAUCCUCGCUUCAGCCAACGCAAUCAUCAAGUCCAAGUUGA